CACGGACCGGAAGAAAGAAGAGAGCCGAGUCGCCGCCGGCCGCCUCCACCGCCGGACGCCGAGUCGCCGACCUGCACGGCUCCACCCUCCAGGGUAGUUCAUUUCAUCUGAAAAUGGCGUUGAUCUCAGAAGCAGUUCCCAAGUUCACGGCUGACGCCCUCCGCGCAGCGGCAAAGCAAUCUGAAGCGUGCCGAACAGUUUCUCUUAGGCUUCGUCGAGCUAUCAAAAAAUACAUCAGAGAAAAAGAAGACCCGCAUAUGAGGAGAAAGGUGUUGAGGCUAUCUGAGUCUUUUGGCCACAUAAAGGAGGCUAANGAUGGAAAAUCCAGAGUGCAUAUGGUGAUAUCGGUCUGAAAUAUCAAGAGGAUGAGGCUACAGCUUAUGUGGUUUCUCGGAUGCCUGCAGUUUAUUCUGCUUUGUAUAGAGUGCUUAGUGAGGUUAGGAGAAGAGCGCCUGAUUUUUCUCCUGCUAAAGUAUUGGAUUUUGGUGCAGGGACUGGUUCUGCAUUCUGGGCAACAAGAGAAGUGUGGCCAAAGUCCUUGCAGAAGGUUAAUUUGGUGGAGCCAUCACAGUCCAUGCAACGUGCAGGACAGAGUCUUAUAAGAGAUCUAAAAAAUUUGCCACUUAUUCAAAGCUACAGCAGUCUUCUGGCAUUA